AUGGAGGAUUCGUCGGCUUCGCUGUUGGAGCAGUUGGAGACGGGCAUACACAUCUCCAACAUGAUUAUAAACACCGACAAGAAAGGUAAGGCUGAUCAGACCUUCGAGCGUCUCUCCAAUAGGUUGCAGCUCCUGGAAAGCUAUUGGAAGACGUUCGUGGGCAACCACGGCAAGGUCUGCCGAGAGAACGCCGGACUAGCAAAAGACCAUCCGUACUUCAGUCGUAGUCAAUUCUACGAAAUCGAAGAUGCUUACGUGACUGCUAAGACGGAGCUGACAGCUCGCUUGGCCCGGUUAACCUCUGCGAGAGACGGAGACCGAGGAGCAAGCGCUGCAAGCGCCUCCUUGGUACAGAUGUUACCUACACCUCCCUCUCUCCCAUCACUAACAUUACCUACGUUUAACGGGGACCAACGAAACUGGGAAUCCUUCAAGGAACUCUUCAGUUCCAUGGUGAAGGACGUUCCUCACAUAGCCAAUGUACAGAAGCUACAGCGAUUACUAUCUUCGUUGGAGGGCAGCGCAGCCGCGCGUCUCCGAAACAUCCCGCUGGUGGGGACAAAUUUCGAGGUGGCCUGGAGCAUUCUGUUGAAAAGUUACGACAACAACAGAAUCAAGCUCGCAGACCACCUGAAGAGACUGCUCUCCAUGCCACCCAUGGCUACACGCUCUGCUCCAGAGAUCACGCGUCUGCUGGACACCGUAGAGGAAGCCACGAGGUCCCUAAUCUCUUUUGGCCGAGACGUCGACCACUGGGAUGAUUGGUUCAUCCAAUUAGUCGAGCUACGACUGGACAGCCAAACCCGAGAAGAUUGGGAGAAAUCACUAGAGCACCAGGAGGACUUCCCCUUGUACAAGGAUCUCAAAUCCUUCCUCGAGCACCGGUCUCGGACUCUGCAAGCUUCCAGUAGUAUGGAGGCCGAGCAUCCCAGCAACCGAGCUCCGUCCAAGAAGCCUCCUCACGUCACUCGAGCCCACUCGACCCAUAUGGCUCGGGACCGGCAGUCUACACCAGGAAAGGCCACUCUACGAUGCGUCCUCUGUCGGGAGCAGCAUCGAGUGUCCUGGUGCCCGAAGUUCAAGGAUCUCUCCUUGGACCAACGAAAAAGGACUGUUCGUCAGCAUAACCUGUGCUACAAUUGUUUAGGUCAAGGUCAUGGCGCCGCUUUCUGUCCCUCCGUGUAUCGCUGCAAGAUUUCCGGCUGCGGCGCAUCCCACCACACCCUCCUGCAUGAGGGUGCCGCUACCCGUGGUACUACUGACUCUUCCACCGGAGGAGAACCUUCGGCACCGACCGGCGUUGUCUCCCUACACUCGGGCACACGUCACUCGGGAGUGGUGCUACUUGCUACGGCGCAGGUGGCUAUUCAGUCAUCUUCCGGCAGGAUUGUCGUCGUGAAAGCGCUCCUGGAUCAGGGUUCUGAGACAUCCUUCCUCUCUACAAGAGUCGCUCAGGAUUUAGAGCUGCCCAAACGACGCUCUUCCACGCUCGUCUUCGGCCUGGGAGCCCAACACGGGACGAGGCCGUCAAGUGAAGUUGACGUCUUGUUACGAUCAAUUACCUCACCUUUCACUUUACGUUUCAGCGCCCUGGUGUUGCCCAAGCUCACCUCCUUACUACCAAGCAAACCAGUCGUUCGAGCCUCUUGGACCCACUUGGAAGGCUUGACUUUAGCCGAUACGGAGUUCGACAAAAUGAGUCGGGUUGACUGCAUUUUGGGAGCGGACGUUUAUCCUGCCCUCAUCCUUGAUGGUCUUAUAAAGGGUGGUCGUAAUGAACCCAUCGCUCAGCGGACUACACUAGGUUGGGUCAUCAGUGGCUUAACACCAUCACCUGCCGAAGUGUCCCCUAGCCUAGUACGCUGCCACACAGUCGACACGGACUACCAUAACGUCGCAAAGGAGCUCCGCAGGUUCUGGGAGCUGGAGGAGAUCCUACCAACGAGAUUGCUUUCCAGAGAGGACCAAGCCUGCGAGGAUCACUUUUCGAGCACUCAUGUGAGAGACUCCUCAGGUCGUUAUGUUCUGCGGCUUCCUUUCUCUCGCUCCCCGAACUUGCCGAGCACCUUCGCGAUAGCCAGAGCCCGCCUUUUGGGCACUGAGCGCCGCCUAGUUCGCAAGCCCAACGAGCAGAAGGCCUACGUUACUUUUAUGAAGGAGUACGAGGACCUUCAUCACAUGGAGCGCAUCGAGAAGCCUGACCUUGAUAAAGAAAACUACUACUAUAUACCUCACCACGCGGUCUUCAAAGCCGACGGGAGCGGAAAGAUUCGUGUAGUUUUCAACGCUUCACAAGAUGCUUCCAACGGUCUCUCCCUCAAUGACUGUCUACAUGCCGGACCGAAGCUCCAGAGAGAUAUCUCCGUCAUACUGACUGGCUGGAGAUACUACCGCUUCGUUUUUUCAGCAGACAUCGUCAAGAUUCCAGACGGUGCUAUUCAACACUACAGGCUCACCACCGUCACCUACGGAACGGCUUGCGCUCCAUUCCAGGCCAUACGAGUCUUGCUUCAGUUGGCCUCAGAUGAGCGAUUGAAGUUCCCAGUGGGAGCAUCGAUUUUAGAGCGCAACGUCUACGUGGACGAUGCCUUGGCCGGAGCUGAUACGCUGGAGAACGCCAAGGACGCACGUGAUCAGCUGGCCGGCAUCCUUCACUCAGCCGGCAUGGAACUCGACAAGUGGUCUCCAAAUCACCCUGCGUUACUGACCGGGCUGAGCGACGUGUCUACCCGAGACCUGCCUAUCGACGCCCCAGAUGUGGUCUCCACCUUGGGACUUCUCUGGUCCCCUAGAUCGGAUGCCUUCAGAUUCCGUGUCAACCACGAUGAACUGAAGCCCCCAACUACCAAAAGAGCAAUUCUCUCCAUCGUCGCACGUCUCUUCGACCCCAUGGGUUGGCUAGGCCCAGUCCUUAUCCGAGCUAAGAUACCCAUUCAAAAGCUCUGGCUCCAAGGAUGCAACUGGGACGACCCAUUAGAUAUUUCUUCACAGGAGGAAUGCGAUCUGUUCUGCCGGCAGCUCCGCGACGUAGAAGGGAUCUCGAUUCCACGAUUCCUGGGUCGUGCGGCUGAGACACGCUGGUACCUACAUGGCUUUGCCGACGCCUCUGAACGGGCAUAUGGGGCUUGCCUGUAUUUCCUCACUCAGGACGACCAUGGAGAGUGGAAAUCCACUCUCAUUACAGCGAAGACAAAGGUAGCGCCCAUCAAGUCAAUCAGCGUGCCUCGCUUGGAGUUGUGUGCGGCUCUCCUCCUGGCCAAGUUGGUGGCUUUCUUCCGCCAACAAUUGCAUCCUGAACCAAUCCGUACUUUCUGCUGGUCGGACUUAACAAUGGUCUUGGCCUGGAUCCGAGACCACCCCUCUCGCUGGCAGACGUUCGUGGACAACCGGGUUAGCGAGAUACACUGCCUCAUCCCACAGACGCCUUGGGGUCACGUCAGGACGGAGGAAAACCCCGCGGACGCCUCCUCUCGUGGACUUUGCCCAAGCGAGCUGCGAACCAACCGGCUGUGGUGGCACGGACCCUCGUGGCUACUCAAGGACUGGUCGAGAUGGAAAACCGAGGAGUGCGAAUUCGUGUCGGCGCUAGAAGCGCGACCACCUCGCCAGGUGCUAGCACAUCAUGUGCAGCCAGAGGGGGACUUCCCUUUCACUCGCUUCUCCUCCUGGCAGCGACUCAUCCACACCGUCGCUUACGCCCUGCGGUGGUUGAACCGCCUUCGAAGGGUCCCACCACAAUACCCUUAUCCGGGAUUGGAGGCUCGGGAGAUCCACGCAGCAACCAGCUGCGUCUUGCGUCUGGUCCAACGAGAGGCGUACAGCGAGGAGUUGCACUGCCUGUCGAAGGGUGCUCCUCUCCCUCGAGCGUCGACGAUUCGUCGUUGUUCGCCCUUUCUCCAUGAAAACGGAGUCUUGAGGGUGGGCGGUCGCCUCCAAAACACAACCUUGCCGUUCGAGGAAAAACACCCGGCUAUCGUCCCACGCAAGAGCCAUCUCGCAGCACUCAUCUUGCGAGAUACGCACCUGAAUUCACUUCACGGCGGUCCACAGUUAAUGCUUAGCUGUCUGAGACGUCGAUUCUGGAUCCCUCAGGUGCGCAGCGACGUUCGGCGAGAGGUGCGAAGAUGCACCCGAUGUGCACGAUUCCAGGGCCCUCUGCUGGAGCAACAAAUGGCCCCUCUCCCCUCAACCAGAGGAACACCGAGUCGCCCGUUCUCUACCUGUGGACUGGACUAUGCAGGUCCAUUCCCCAUCCGGAUGUGUAAAGGUCGCGGUCAACGUGCUACCAAGGGCUACCUGGUCAUCUUCGUAGAACUGUGUCCCUCGGUUUGGUCGGAUAACGGCACGACCCUCCAAGGAGCCGACCAGGAGCUGAAGCGUCUCUUUCAUAGCGCCGCUACUUUCAGCAAGGAGAUUGCUGAGACUCUGGCAAACGAUGGAGUCACCUGGAACUUCAUACCUCCGAGAGCGCCGUAUUUCGGAGGUCUCUGGGAGGCUGGAGUGCGCUCAUUCAAGCACCACCUCAAGCGCGUGGUUGGUGACGCGAAGCUGACCUUCGAGGAGUUCUCGACUCUUGCCGUCCAGAUCGAGGCAUGCCUGAACUCGUGCCCUCUCAGCCCUCUCAGCAGCGACGUGGAGGAUUUAGCCCCCCUCACCCCAGAACACUUCUUGAUUGGAUCGGCGCUAUUGGCUCCUGCAGAGCCAAGCGAUACACCCGCCAUUCCUCGCGUGGAGCGCUACCGGUUGGCAACCGUGAUGCGUAACCAUUUUUGGAUACGCUGGCGCAAGGAGGUUCUCCAUGAGUACCAGCUGCGCUCCAAGUGGUUGUUACCAACAAAACCCCUCAAGGUAGGUGAUUUGGUUUUAAUCUCCGAUAUCAACACGCCAGCGAUAUCAACACUGGGACGAGUUCUCGAGCUCCACGAAGGGUCGGACGACUUAGCAAGGGUAGCUACCCUAAAGACCGCCACCACCACACUAAGCCGCCCCUUGGUUAAGCUUAUCCGCCUCCCAAUAGAUGACGGCCCGGAACCAGGACAGCCGCCGCUUGUCAAGGUGGGCGGAAGUCAACCGCUGCCAAUAGGGGAAGGUGCCCUACACCCAGAACUCUCUCAAGAGUAG